ACUUUUGUCAGGUAAUGUACAUCAUUAAAUAAACAAUAAACCGUUAAUUUGACUGAAAUACAGAGUGGUGUAAAGCAGCAUACUACAAAUACUCAAGUUACUGUAAUUGUAUAGCUUUUCAUAGGAAUUAAAAUUUUCUUAAAUAUGUUUUAGUUCUGUAUAAGUACUUUUACUGUGCUAUUUUGCAGUCACUGCUUUAUAUGUGUAUUUUUUGUUGUCUACAGUCAGUCUUGUUAAACUCUCACAUGCACCAAAUUUCUUUUUUAUUUUAUUAAUUCUUUCUGUAGAAUGCAGUUGUCAUUCCAUCUGCAUUACCAUAUGUUGAAUGCUUAAUUUUGAUUGGUUGAUGAGUAUUUUGUUGUUCAAUUAUUUUCAUGGAAAUGCUUUAUUAAUCUGCUGUGCAUUUCUUGCUCUGGCUGGCAUUUUGGAAACUAAGGCAUCAAAAAGAUAUGUAAGAAUCUAGUCCUACACACAAGAUUUGAUGACAAGAACUUGAUUGAUGUUUAAAAGUUGUGGUGUAAGCAUAAUAAUGGAGUCUGUUGAAAUAGUGCAUAAUGCACCUCAGUGUUGCUAAGUAAAUGGCUAUGCAUUAUUUUCUAAUAAUUCAACAGAUCCUCAUCAAUUCUCUUAUACAACAUGGCGGAUCAGUUGUCAAGUGAAUAAUUAGCUCACUGUAAGUGAUUUUUAAGUCAUGACAACAUUUUAUCUUAUUUGUAAUGCAUCAAACUAAAUCAUGGCUCAACUUAAUUUUUAACUUGAAUAAGUUGUUUAAAGUCAGUUAUAGUAAUUUAAUUAAAAGUGACUCAUAAGGUUAGUUGAAUCUUGGACUUUAAAAUCGAAGCCAACUAUGUCAAUUUUACGAUGCUCUGACUGGCUGAUGAACAUUCUAAAGCAUUCAGUUGUUUUCAGAUAACCACACAGCUGAAGUGCAGUAGUUUAAGACUUCAUCAUACUUCCCCAUCAUCUUGCUGAAUGAUUUCUGAUGCUUCAAGUGAUGUCAGCCAACAACAGAAAAAAAAGCUAAGCAAGACUAAACAAAAGGGUUUGGAUGACAUUUGUAAGAAACUAGUCCUAUGCUCAGCAAAGGUUUGAGGACAAAAACUUGACAAGUACCUUUAAAUACAACAUCCGAACAUUAGGUGUGAUAAGUGGAAUAAUAAUAACUCCAGGCCAUUGAUUUAUCAGAAAACACUGCACAGGUUGAACGUAUUCUUUGCUUUGCAUGACUUCUAAUAUUUGAAUGGCUCAUCAUAAACUUGCAUUUUAAUGUUUUAUUUAUUCUAAGUUUGUUUGAAGAACGCCUGAAUCUCAGCCAAGUAGACUUCCUGUCAGCAGCGAUGUUGAAUAUAAUAGACUGAGAUGACAUGUCGUUAUGAGUGUAGCCCCACAUAUUUCCACACAGCCAAACUGAUUUCUUAACAGAUUUUUUUACGCAGCAAGAAAAAUCACGCUAGUGCACCUUUAAGGGUGUAGUGCUGGAAACGUUUAAAGUUUAAGACGCGUGCACGCGCACACACUCCUUUCUGCCGAUUGCCCGUGGUAGGCAUUGCGUAACUCACUCUAUCCCACCGGAUCUGUUCGCUUCCUCCUCCUCCUCCUCCUCGUCGUCCUCCUCCUUCUCAGGAAGUGCAGCCGCUGGUCUAAAGAGAGGCUCCGGACUCCCGCUCUCCAGCGACUCGAUCGCGCGUCAUCCAUCGCGAUGCCCUGCCUGCUUCUGCGCGCACCUGUGAGCGACGCACGCCAGUAACCGAUGAAGGGUGAAGAGGAUGCGCUGGAAGCAGCAGGGAGACGCAGCGGCAUCAUCCUCAUCCUCAGCAUCAGCAGCAGGGCGCUCGGUUAGCGCCCACCCCCACUCACUUCGUCUUUUCCUCCCCCCCUGCAGAAGCAUGCUUGCGUGAGGGAUGAGGCUGGAGACAGGGACAUCAGGCCAGAGCUGCGGCCUUCUUCUUUUCACAAGAGCCGGGCUCGCCAUCAUCGCAGCAGCAGCAGCAGCAUCCGCCAACGCUUUGCCAUCAUCACACCAGCAUCUUUGGUCUGUGAGCAGAUCCAGGAGCAUGAGCAGGAAGCUGUGUGGCGCGAGCAGAUGUCAGGGUAUAAGCGCAUGCGGCGGCAGCACCAGAAGCAGCUGAUCGCCCUGGAGAACAGGCUAAAGGCCGAGAUGGAUGAGCACAAGCUCCGGCUGCAGAAGGAAGUUGAGACCCAGGCCAAUAACACCUACAUCGAACUGGAACGACUAGCCAAAAAGCAAGCUACACAACUGGACAAGGAGAUAAAGGCCACAGCAGCUGAGGAGAAAAGAAUCCAGCAACAGAUCUUGGUCCAGCAGAAGAAGGAACUGACCACCUUCUUGGACACCCAGAAAAAGCAGUACAGACUAUGCAGAGAAAGAAUGAAAGAGGAAAUGAAUGAAGACUUCGAUACACCAAAAGAGGAGAAACAAGAGCGCUUGUCACGGCAUAAGGAAACAAUGCAGCGCUCCCAGGCUGAGGAGGAGGCCCAGCUGUUGAACCAGCAAAGACUGGUUUACGAAAGGAGCUGCCGUGCUCUAAAAAGAAGAAGCCUUAUCAAGAAGCACGAGUUUGAACAAGAGCAAAUACGGGAGGAGCUUAACAAGAAGAAGAUGCAAAAAGAAAUGGAGCAUGCAUUGAUGAUCAGACAGGAUGAGUCCACGCAAGAGCUGGAACAGCGGCAACUACAAACCUUACAAAGGCUACGCUUCGAGCUGAUGCGGCACCAGCAUCAAACUGAGCUGGAGAACCAGGAGGAGUACAACAGUCGACGGCAGAGGGAGCUACACAGGAAGCAUGCACUGGAACGCCGACAGCAGCCCCGGAACCUGAAGACACUGGAGAUGCAGAUCAAAAAGCAAUUCCAAGAUACCUGUAAGGUGCAAAACAAGCAGUACAAAGCUCUGAGGAACCAUCAGCUGGAAGUCUCCCCGAAGGGUGACCACAAAGCCAUCCUGAAGUCUCUAAAGGAGGAACAGACCCGCAAGCUUGCACAGCUGGCAGAACAAUACGAGCAAAGCAUCAAUGAGAUGAUGGCCUCACAAUCGUUACGUUUAGAUGAAGAGCAGGAGGCCGAAUGUCAGGCUUUACGGCAGCAGCUACAUCAGGAGAUGGAGCUCCUCGAUGCCUACCAGAACAAAACGAAGGCGCAGAUGGAGGCCCAACAUGAGCGUGAGGUGCAGAAGUUGGAACAGAAGGCGUCUUUGCGCCGGGCUCACUUGGAACAGAAGAUUGAAGAAGAGCUGGCCUCACUUCAUAAGGAACGAACAGAAAAAAUCAAGCAUUUAUUUGAGCGCCAGGAGCGAGAACUGGAGAUGUUUGAUUUGGAAAGCGCACGGUUAGGAUUCGGAAGCUUGGCCUCGUUUGACUUUCCCAAGGACGAGGCCAGAUGAUCCAACAGAAGCGGAGGGGACUGUUCAACGCUGAUGUCUUUGGACACAUUGUGCCUGCACUGUCCCUGAUUGUUGGAUUUACCAAGAUCACCCAAACAGUGACCAUGCUGGAUCAAUGUCUUAUAACUCUUUAUCGGCUGAAAUUCUUGAACGAGCGGAGAAACUUAACAGCCACAGACACAAAAGUGGUUUGCUGGUGCAUCAUAAACCGAGACGAACCAUCUAGACGAACCGACCUUUUCUCCAUGCCAUCGUCCCACUUUUGGUAUUCAAUUAGUAAUUCAGGAUAUUUUAGUACAAGUAAGCACUUUGAUAUGUUAAGUACGAUCCCAUCAUGUAAGGUGGAUAUGAAGUGUGAAAUGCCUUUGGUGUCAUCAAAGGACAUUGUGACUGUAGAAUGUGUCCUGCGUCUUCACCGUGGCUAUUAGCUGUUUUGUACGUAUCACAGCGAAUGUGACAACUGUUGAUGAAAACUUUGCGCAGAAGCCGAUUUUGAAGCAGUGUCUCAUUUGAAAAUAUGGUGACUACAUUAAGAGCAUCCGAUUGAUUUCAUAUUGUGGAACCCACGCUUUGUUUCUUUUGACUUAGGAGGGUAAAAAAAAGGGGGGGCGGGCAGGGGGCACAAAAAAAGUGUACUCAUCGUUCAGUAUCCUAAAUGAAUUGGCAUUAGUUCUAUAUCCGGAUGUGGAUUUAUGACAUUAAAUCAGUUCUGUCAGAGUUACUGGUAUUAUUGCAUGCACUUUAAAAGACAAAUUCAGGUUGUGAAGUGGAGCAUGAAUCUGUCCGAGAUUUUAGCCGUGUACAAAUAAAAGUGGUCAUAGCAGUUUUGUUUUCAUGGCUAUUGAUACUGAACAUAAGCUUUAUCUUUGAUAUAAAUACCCGCCAAAUUGCCAAAUGCCUUUAAGUUCUGUUGAUGAAUGUUUUCGUUUUCCUUCUUUUGCACAAUCUGUUGAAUUGUGAUUCAUUCAGUGUGGACUUACCACUGCUCUUGUACAGGGAAAAUGUUGCAAUUUGUGUUGUACAAAUUUUAUAUCAAUAUUUGUAUAUGAUAACCUAACUAGGGUUUACAUACUGUAUGUAUCGAUCAAUCAUUGCCAACAAAGAUCUAUGGAGUUCAGCGAAGGCAGACGAAUGCAAACUUAUUUUUGUAAGUCAAAUAGAAAGUAACUUAUAUUCUCGUGCAUCAUGUGACUGACAGCCUACACAUGUCUGGUGGAGCUAAAAUGCGAACACUUCUGUGUAACAGAGUUCAUGGCUUGCUGUCAUUAACGAAAGACGCCAGUCCAGCCACUAGGUUCGGUUGAUUCUUGAUUCACAACAACAUGUACUUUAUAGGCAGAUUUGUGGUGUGUAAUAAAAGAUUCUUUGGGCCUGACCAACUACUAUGUUUUAUAAACUCUGACCUUUACCCCUAUUAUUCUCAUAUAUGAGUGUCUCAUAAUGUUUGAUCGGGAUUUUCCCCCCCUGUCAUUUAGGGCCUCUUCUCCGACAAAGCCAUUGUUGAAACUGCCAUUGCACAAAUGAAGUGUUGUUUUAACAAAUAAACAUUAAUGAAGUUUUGAUUGGCUAAUGGCA